CUCUAACUACGCCUUAUCGUCACGUUAUCCAGGAUGCAGGUCCAUCAUCAAUUGUCUGCCCGAACAUGCCGUCUAGAGACAUCUUUCGAAGACUUGCCAUUGCAUCCCGAUCACCCUGUCGUCUCAGCAUGGGGUAUUUGGGGCGACGAAGACGAACUGGGCACGCUAAACUUGCUAGACGAUGCGACAACUAAAGCGGCCGCUCAAGGGAUUAAAGAGGGACUGACAAUACCACUGAAUUUACCCCUAGAUUCAUUCCCCCAGCCUAUGAAUCCUGUUAGAAAGUCAUGUACCCACCAUAUCAUUGCUAAAGGGCAUGCCAAUGACGAUGAACUUCACAUAAAUACACAAGGAUCGAGCCACUGGGAUGGGCUACGACACUACCCAUACCAGCAAACUCUACAGUAUUACAAUGGUGUGACUCAAGAGGAUAUAUCUGGUGAAAGAGCAAAUGAGCGAAUCGGUGUGCACAACCAGGCCUCGAAGACCAUUACAGGACGAGCAGUGCUCCUCGACUGGGCAGCAUGGGCAGCCUCCCAAAAUAUAUCGUAUGAUCCCUUUUCAAUUCAUGCUAUACCUCUUGCACAAUUGCAAGCAGUUGCAACGUCUCAAAAGGUGGAGUUCAAAGCCAGCGAUAUCCUUCUCAUCCGUACUGGCUGGCUUGCGGCAUUCAAAGCCUUAUCGCCGGAACAGCAGAGAGAACUUCCUCGUCGACAAGUGAGAUCUAGCAUGGGAGUAGAGGCGAGUGAGGAAUCCCUGAAAUGGCACUGGAAUAAUGCCUUUGCAGCAGUUGCGAGUGAUACCGUUGCUUAUGAAAGCUGGCCCAGUUCGAAGCCUAAUCGCUUCGGUGUUAGCAUGCAUGAGGUCUUUUUGAGUGGAUGGGGUAUGCCGAUUGGCGAAAGCUUUGAUCUCGAGGUGCUGAGCAAGAAAUGCAGAGAGCUAGGGAAGUGGAGCUUUUUCUUUGCCAGUGUACCAUUGUAUAUCAAGGGCGGCGUAGCCAGUCCUCCGAAUGCUGUGGCAAUUCUGUAA